GAGGCAGCAGUCCCCGCCGCUGCUGUCAGCCCGGGCAGGGUACAUCACCCUGAGCCCCCCCGCUUUGGGUGCCUCCUCCGUUCCCGGGGGGGAGGUCCAGGAGUUCUGAGGGGCGAAGCGGCAGGGACACCUCUCUUCAGAGAGGAGGCGACGUCGCAGCCCCGGAUGCGGCCAGAGGGCGCGGGAAUGGAGCUCGGCGGCUGCGAGGAGCGCCUGCCGGAGGAGAGCAGGAGGGAGCACUGGCAGUUGCUGGGUAAUUUGAAGACUACUGUGGAGGGUUUGGUGUCAGCCAACAGCCCCAACGUCUGGUCCAAGUAUGGUGGCCUGGAACGGCUUUGCAGGGACAUGCAGAGCAUCCUCUAUCAUGGGCUCAUCCAUGACCAGCAGGUGUGUUGCCGCCAGACUGAUUAUUGGCAGUUUGUGAAAGACAUCCGCUGGCUCAGUCCCCACUCAGCCCUUCACGUGGAGAAGUUCAUCGACUUGGAUGAGAAUGGCCAAAGCAGCACUGAUGGCGUGAGUGAGCCUGCCGUUGCAGAGUUGUGGCUGCAGCAUAGCUUGCAGUGCCACUGUCUCUCAGCCCAGCUCCGAACUCUACUUGGGGAUAGACAGUAUAUCAGAAAAUUCUACACAGAUACUGCUUUCCUGCUAAGCAACGCCCAUGUCACGGCCAUGCUCCAAUGCCUGGAAGCAGUGGAGCAGAACAACCCUCGCCUUCUGGCUCAGAUUGAUGCAUCUAUGUUUGCUGGAAAGCAUGAGAGCCUGCUGCCGGUGACAAAGAGCCAGAGCCUGACAGCUCUGCCUGGUUCCACAUACACCCCUCCAACCAGCUACGCUCAGCAUUCCUACUUUGGGUCCAUCUCUAGCCUCCACCAAUCCGCGCCCAACCACAGCUCAGAAAGAAGAUCUACUUCCUUUUCACUCUCUGGCCCUCCCCAGAGACCUCAAGAAAGCAGAGGGCACGUCUCACCAGUAGAGGAUCAAACUACCCAAGCCCCCCUGCUUCCAGUCUCUGCAUUAGCCAGGGCUUCCCCCUCGACCCCAAAUGAGAUGAGCUCCAGCACUUUAACCAGCCCCAUAGGAGCAUCCUGGGUCAGCAGCCAGAACGAUUCCCCAAGUGAUGCCAGUGAGGGGCCCGAGUACUUGGCCAUCGGCAAUGUGGACCCCCGAGGCCGGACCGCCAGCUGUCAGAGUCACAGCAGCAAUGCUGAGAGCAGCAGCUCAAACUUGUUCUCCUCCAGCAGCUCCCAUAAGCCAGAUUCUGCUGCUUCUUCGCUAGGGGACCAGGAGGGAGGUGGGCAGAGCCAGCUGUCCAGCGUCCUUCGCAGGUCCAGCUUCUCCGAGGGGCAGACACUCACUGUCACCAGUGGAACAAAGAAGAGCCAUACUCGCUCCCAUUCAGAUACCAACAUUGUCUCCAGAGGAGCCCCAGAAUCCUGCAAUGAUAAGUCGAAGUUGAGAAGCCCCUUGUCCUACUCUGGCCAAAGCAGUGAAGUCAGCACACCCAGCUCUCUGUACAUGGAGUAUGAGGGUGGUCAGUACCUGUGCUCGGGGGAAGGUAUGUUCCGAAGACCAUCAGAAGGACAGUCCCUCAUCAGCUACCUGUCUGAGCAAGACUUUGGCAGCUGUGCAGACCUGGAAAAGGAGAAUGCCCACUUCAGCAUCUCAGAGUCCUUGAUUGCUGCCAUUGAGCUAAUGAAGUGCAACAUGAUGAGCCAGUGCCUAGAUGAGGAGGAAGACGAGGAGGAAGAAAGCGAUAGAGAGAUCCAGGAACUGAAGCAGAAGAUCCGCCUUCGUCGCCAGCAGAUCCGCACCAAGAAUCUGCUCCCUGUGUACCAGGAGACUGAGCAUGGAAGUUUUCAGGUCACUUCCAGCAGCUCCCAGUUCAGUUCACAUGAUUCAGCACAGUUCUCUGACUCUGGCUCUGCUGAUGAGGUUGAUGAAUUUGAAAUCCAAGAUGGUAGCGAAGGAUCUAACCUGACUCACAUGUCAAAGAACGGACUCUCAGUGUCAAUGGCCUCGAUGUUUUCAGAUGCUGACAUCAGAAGGAACACAGCCUCAAACAGCAAAUCCAUCAUUUCCUCCCAAUCCUUCUCCCACUGCUUCCUCCACUCCACAUCCGCUGAGGCAGUGGCCAUGGGGCUCCUGAAGCAGUUUGAGGGGAUGCAGCUCCCAGCCGCCUCGGAGCUAGAGUGGCUAGUUCCAGAGCAUGAUGCCCCUCAGAAGCUCCUGCCCAUCCCUGACUCACUGCCCAUCUCACCAGAUGACGGGCAGCACGCUGAUAUCUACAAGCUGCGUAUUCGUGUUCGUGGCAACCUGGAGUGGGCCCCACCCCGGCCUCAGAUAAUAUUUAAUGUUCAUCCAGCCCCAACGAGGAAAAUUGCUGUGGCCAAGCAGAAUUACCGCUGUGCAGGAUGUGGCAUCCGGACUGACCCUGAUUAUAUUAAGCGGCUGCGGUACUGUGAGUACUUGGGCAAGUACUUCUGUCAGUGCUGCCACGAGAAUGCCCAGAUGGUCAUCCCCAGCCGGGUUUUGCGCAAGUGGGACUUCAGCAAGUACUAUGUCAGCAAUUUCUCCAAGGACCUGCUCAUUAAGAUCUGGAACGAUCCUCUCUUCAAUGUGCAGGACAUCAACAGUGCCCUCUAUAGGAAGGUCAAGCUGCUCAAUCAAGUUCGGCUGCUACGGAUCCAGCUGUAUCACAUGAAGAACAUGUUCAAGACAUGCCGACUGGCCAAAGAGCUUCUGGAUGCCUUUGACACAGUUCCGGGCCACCUGACAGAGGAUCUCCACCUAUACUCGCUGAAUGACCUGACUGCAACCAGGAAGGGGGAGCUGGGGCCCCGGCUUGCUGAGCUCACCAGGGCGGGGGCUGCCCAUGUAGAGCGAUGCAUGCUCUGCCAAGCCAAGGGCUUCAUCUGUGAGUUCUGUCAGAAUGAGGAUGACAUCAUCUUUCCUUUUGAGCUCCAUAAGUGCCGGACCUGUGAAGAGUGUAAAGCAUGUUACCAUAAAGCUUGUUUCAAGUCUGGGACCUGUCCUCGGUGUGAGCGGCUCCAGGCCCGGCGGGAGUUGCUGGCCAAGCAGAGCCUGGAGUCCUACAUGUCAGACUACGAGGAGGAACCCACUGAAGCCUUGGCCCUAGAGGCCACCGUCCUAGAGACCACCUGAAGAAAGCACAUUAAGCCCUCUUUCUAGGGGCUAGAGUCACACUAGACUGUGCAGAACUGAGCCACCCUUUUAAGGACUUUCCCCACUUGAGUUGUUUUUUUUUUUUUUGAAUUAUUAUCAUUAUUAUUUUUUAUGACUUGUCUAGAGUCCAUGUAUAGUCAACCUUUGUUAGGUUGAUGGGGUCCAGCCUGUGGUGACAAUUUGUGGGUACCAAGUAUUUCCAUCAGAACUGACACAUGGGUCCUUAAGUGAAGCUUCUAGUACCUCUGUCAGAGGGAUGGACAGUGGGACCCAAUUCUUUCAUCCAUGGCCUUCUCCACUUAGACCAGAUCUGGUUUCAGCUGCAUCUCAAGUGUCAUUUCCAGUUUUACUUUGUUUUAGUUCUGGAGCUUCUGAGCCAGGCCAUUCUCAACCAACUCACUUCUCCUUUGCUGCUGAAACAGGAGGAUGGAGUUUUCUCUCCAAAUCCUGAAAUAGGGUCAGACUGUGCCCUGAGGAGAAGCAGCAGAGAAUUGGACUACAUUGUGGGCAUUCUGUCCGGCUUAUUUAGGUAUUUUUAAGGCCAUAAAAACAACAUUAUUACUACCUUGGAAUCCUCAGAGACCUCAAGGAGGCAGCCAUGACUUCUUCGUUUGAAAUAUUCUAGGCAUAGUGAUGUCGCAAGCUGACUUUCUUUAUCCACCCUGGUGAGCUUGAAGCAAAGAACAGAACUGAUGCUUAGGCCAGGCGCAUUCAUAGCCUUACACCAAGCAUAGGUGAGGCUAUAGCUCUGUUGCUUAAGGAGCAUUUAUUCAGUCAGAGGAGCUGCUGCCCACCUCUUAGGUGAUAAGGUCCCUUCUAGUCAACCUGUCUCUGGGGCAGCUAUAAUCUUUCAAGCUCAGGCAAGUCCCUGAUGCCAUCCUAAAUUGAGACCAGAAACCCCAUUAGCCAUCUUAUUAGCGGGUCUCUUGCCACUGUGUCCUCUGUUAGAUGGUCAUUGUGGUUCUGAGUAAAAGGAAAACCCAACUCCAUUCUUUCUCUCCCCUUCUUGCAGUAGAGCUGGGACCCUCCCUGAUGGCUGAUGUCUUGCCUUGGUUUCUUUCAUCAAAGUUGGGGAAAAAGCUUCCUGCUAUUAGUAGUGUUAGAGAACUUGACAACUUGUGGAUGUGAGUGUGAAUGUUCCUGUGUUCUUGGGAUAACAAGAGCCUUCAUGCCUAUUAUGCACUUAACUCUUUAGCCUGGUGAUAUUCGUAUGUUCAGUCAUUCUUUUUCAUAGUACUAAUUUUAACACACCUACCCCCUUUUUUUUAAAUAUGUGUUUUGAUGGGAAAAGUUUUUGAUGGGACCGUGUAUAUGUUUGUGGUGUUCUUUAAGUUGCUGUAGCUCCUGACCUCUAUGUAAAACACUGGUCAGGGUCGCUGCUCCGAGAGCCGGCAGCUCUGUGAACAAAAGCCCACGGCAUUUUUGUUCUGAGACUGACUUCUUCCUGUGUACCUGUCUUUCCAUAGUUAGUUGCUAGUAGAAAAAACUUGGUGUGGGCACUGCCCUAGGAAGCUGAACAGAAAGUUGCACGUGGUUGGUGGAAGCUGAUGAGUGCCUGGGCUGGAGGCAACCAGGAGGCUCACGGGAAGUAGAGGGGCAGUAAGGUAAUGGCCAGAGCUGAGGCUCCACCAGGGCAGGAGCAGGGAGGAAUUGGCCCAUGGCGUUGGUCCCUCUCUGUCAGACUGGGAUCUGAAGCUGCAUCAGGCUGGAAGACCCUGAGGCUGCUCUCCCUUCAGUUCAGAGGGGAGGCUCUGAAAGCCAAGGCCUCUAGCCCAGCCCAGUUUCGAAGGGCCGACUAGAAGCUCCCUUGUCCUUUAAGGAGCUUUGGGAAUGACCCCACAAAACUCAAGUCUUACUAAGGGUUAGGCCUCAGAUUCAGACAGGGGUUUGUAAAAAAUGGUGAUCUCUACUUCCAGUUUUGGUUUAAAUUACAAAUCCAACUCCUUACUCCAAGUCAGUACACUGGAGGAGAGAUGUACUCUCAUUAUUGUCCUGCCUGUUUCAUAUUAGCAGAGGAACAAAAGAUGGAAAAUGCUGACAGUUUCUAAAGCUGAACUCAACGAUCUUACAUGCUCCUUGUUUUUCACUUAUUUUUCUCCACCUCCGCCACUCCAUCCUUUUUGAUUGCAUAUCUGUUUUAGUGACCCUGACAGUCUGCUGUCAUCACUGUCCAAAUACCCAUUUGUUUAUUUAUUUAUUUGAGAGUAAGAGGAGAGAGGAAAGAGGAUGGGAUGUUUUGAAAGCACUUUGUAACUUACCAGUAUCUGAAAAUCCCCUGCUAUUGUGGGGAAAAGCUUUGAAUGCACUGAAGAGAGUUCCUUCUGAAUGAAAUGAGAGGGAAGAAGUGUUCUUUUUUAUAAAUAAAGGGAAAAAAAGUUUGCUUACAAGGUGGAGACAAGAUUCAAGACAUAGCAGAAGAGUGGAAAGUAAAUAUUUUCCACUUAAAUGAGGCUGUUACUGACUUUCUCUACCAAGGCUUUAGAGCUUCUGUUGAUUUAAUAUAAGAGGAGCAAGAGUCUAAAUAGAGAUAUUCUGUGUGUGUACAACUUGUGUUCUGAACUGGAUUUCUACUUGCUGUAAUUCAUACAUAGCCUGACAGUUCAUUGUCAUCUUUAAUAAACUAUGGAAAUGAAAUUCUGCCUUUUAUUUGCCUGCCUUGACUAUGAGGAAGUAGUACUGAGUGUCUACUGUAAAGCAGGCAUGUCUGAAAAUUCAGAAGGUUUCUGUGUUAUAAUGCAAAGAAAAGUGGACCUUACAAGUCGGGAAAAGUGGGUUGGAAUGCUUCAUCACUGACUUGC